UGUCUGUACACCCGAGAGCGAGUCCCCCCGUCUCCUUGGCUACUUACAUAUACCUCCCAGCUACCCGGCACACACGGGCCAUCCAUCCACCCAUCUAUGCCUCUUCCCCCUCCCCCUCCACCUCCACCUCCCCAUCACUACGGCCAUCGCUACCGCUGUCGGUGUCCAAAUCGCCGACACCGUCGCUCUCGCUGUCCCCAUCCUCGCCGCCUUGCUCAUCGUCAAUCUGAAUCGCACCCGCCUGAAUCAAGGCCGCCUGCCGCUGCACGUCGACGCGAUCCGGGAAGUGGUUGAGGAGAAGCGCGACUGCCUGAAUGGAUAAUAAGGGACAGACGACACACUAACAGUAUGUAUGUGCUUGCGCUCCUCUGUCGACAUGAUGCCUCCAAGGCAGCCCACCAGCGCUGCGGCGCCCAUGUCAUUGUGUGCCUGCUGCUCGACUAUCUUGUCCAAACCGCCGGCCUGCACAGAAGGCACAGAAAGAUAACCGUGGGUAUGCUGUUCGCUUUCUCAUCAUUGUCCUCUUCUCCCUCUGUCUCACCUGCUCUAUUAGUGUGGAGUAGGGGUUGUCGGGGAGACCCUCGUUGGCCUGCUUCUGACGACCCGCACUGCACAUGAGAGGGCAACACGUCGGCAGCACACAGGCGGCAUAGUUUGUUGACCAACCUGGAUAUUUUGUCCAGCACGGAGAUCAUGCCGCUGAGUCGCGUGCUGUCGUCGCCAUCGAGCAGGUCACAGAAGAACUGGAUGCCGCCACACUCAACCGCAUGCUCAACCUGUACGAUUGAGCAAACGCGACAUGAGCUCAGGAAACAUAUUCAAUGUGUGUGGGCGGCUGGUAUACACAGAUACGCAUACACACCUGCUGCUGCGAUCCUCCCAUUGCUACAUUUCCGACGCUUAUGGCCGCCAUGUCCUUCACGACCUCAUCGGUCUCCCCGCUGGCCGCCACGUCGAUCAGCCGAGGCACCAGAUCACCAUCGAUGAGCGCCUGCUUGUGGGCGGUGCUACCUGCAGCCAAUCAAUCCACACCAAGCAGCACCUUUUACUGUGACGUGCUGAAUGAGAUGCGUGCGUGGCAGAGGUACCUGUGGCUAGGAACAUCGCCGUCAGG